AUGCUUUUCAUUCGUAAGUUAAACUGUAGAUUAGUUUUAGCGAGAAUUCAGGGUAGAUGGUGUACUACGGAACCGACCAGACACGUACCGGUAAUGGCCAAGGAGACGAUUCAAUUUCUAAAACCACGAAAUAAUGAACUGUUUAUAGAUAUGACGUUUGGGGCUGGGGGUCAUACGCGUGAGAUUUUGAAGGCUGCUCCUAGCGCAAAAAUUAUUGCUCUAGAUCGCGAUCCGGUGGCACACGAAAUGGCACUAGCUUUGGCAGACAAGUUCCCAGGUCAAAUUUAUCCCAUCUUAGGAUGGUUUUCCGAACUACCCCAAAAAUUGGAAGAGUUAGGAAUAAGGCAGCGUUCUAUCGAUGGAAUGAUAUUCGAUUUCGGCUGCUCAUCGAUGCAGUUCGAUGAAGGUUCACGAGGAUUUUCAAUCAGCAAAGACGGUCCGCUUGAUAUGCGCAUGGAUAAAGAACGCUGCCCGGAUGCACCGACGGCUGCGGAAAUACUUGCCAAAAUAGAUGAAAUAGACCUUGCCCGAGUGUUGAAAAUUUACGGAGAAGAAAAACAUGCCAAAAAAAUUGCUGGAGCUAUUGUGGAAGCUCGCAAUACAAUUAAAAAGAUAGAGACGACAAAAGAGCUGGCAGAUUUAGUACAAUCCUGCUUCGGAAGCGACAGUUUCGGACUGGACAAGCUGAAGCGGCCAAGCCACUUGGCAACCAAGACUUUUCAGGCGCUAAGGAUAUUCGUCAACAACGAGUUAAACGAAAUCAAUUACGGAAUGGUGUUAGCUCAGCAUUAUCUGAAAAUCGGGGGCAAAAUGAUCACAAUCACUUUCCACUCGCUGGAGGACACAAUCGUUAAGCGACACAUCAUGGGAAAUGUCCUGAACGACAUGGCCAACAAGUUGCCGCUUCGGUACAAUAGUCACAUCAUCUGCCACGAGCAGGAAGUGAUGGAAACGGUGAUGAAGUCGCCUUGGCAUCAACUGUCGAAGCACGUCAUCGUGCCGACCUAUGAAGAAGUCGAGGAUAACCCAAGAAGCAGGUCGGCCAAGUUGAGAGCAGUUGUGCUUGUUGAUUGAGACUAGUAAUAGCUGAUAUAGUCAAUAGAGUGUGUGAGUUGAUUGUUGGAA